AUGGCUUCUGUUUUAAGUCAAGAAACCGAGAAGCGGCAACACUCUCAUCCUCUGGCAAUUCAAUUAUCAACCCGUGUCGUCAAUUUUGUUUCUGGAGGACUUCUAGCUAACAAGCCAGGAAUGAGUGACUCAUCUUGUGUCUUUGAUAAGCCUCAAAACUCAGAUCAGUCAAAAAAAGACCAAGAAAAGGAACAGAUAGUAAAUAAUGCUCCAUUGGGAAACCCAGAGUACUAUUACUUUCCUCCAGAAUUAAUUGCUGAUGCCAGAGAUUUCCUUCAACCAAAAGAGCUGGCCCAUUUUAGACCAUAUGGGAGAGGACUAGCCAAUCCUGGCUGGAAUAUAUGCUACUUCAACUCUAUAUUGCAGGCAUUAACUUAUGCACCUUAUCUAUCUAUAGAUUGCUUAAAAAGAAAUCACCAGACCAUCUGUAAGCAUAAGCAACAACACCUAGUAUGUCUAAUGUGCAUGUUUGAGGACCAUGUUAAUAUUAUGUUAGAAAAUUCAUCUAAAUCAACUCCAGAAAACCAACCAGUGAUUUCCUCUUUUAUCAAAUGUGCUCAAAAAUUAAUAUGGAAAAGAUUCAGAAUUGGUAUGAUGCAUGAUGCACAGGAGUUUUUGAGAUAUUUUUUGGAGGCUUUACACAAGUCCUGUUUGCCUAAGAGUUUACAAGCUGAUCAUGCUUUUAGGAAAAUACAUCCAAUUACAGCUUCUACUACUUAUAUUGGACAGCUAUUCUGUGGAUUUUUCCUUUCCAGAAUUAUAUGUUCAAAUUGCCGGUAUACUUCUAAUACUUAUGAUCCAUUUAUGGAUUUACCUCUGGAUAUCAUGGGGGUAUCUAAUUUAGAAAAUGCUCUCAAAUUAUUUACUAAAAUUGAGUACCUUAAGGGGGAAAAUAGAUAUAUGUGUCCAAAAUGUAAUCAGAGAUCCGAUGCUUCUAAGCAGCUUCUAAUUGAGAAGUCUCCUCCUCUUUUGACUAUUCAGUUAAAGAGGUUUAGUUAUGUUGGCCAUGGAAGUAGAAAGCCUAACAAAGCUAUCAACUUUUCAGAGAUUCUUGACUUAGAACCAUUUAUGGCUCCUAAAUCUUGCUCUAAUACUAAUACAUUCUCCUCUAGAUCUUCAUCCUCUCAUAUUUACAAGUUAUGGGCUGUAGUAUGCCAUGCUGGAAAUACUUUAUCUUGUGGUCACUAUUAUACUCAUGCUAAAAGUAUUAACAACAAAUGGUAUUGUUUUAAUGAUGAUUAUGUAAAACCAAUCAGAAUUGAAAACGUAUUAAAUGAAAAUUACAAGGCUUAUUUGUUAUUUUACUAUAAAAGUGACUUUAAUAGGGAUGACUUAUUUAGGCAUUCUGGUACAUCCAUUGGGUCUUUAGAAAAAAACCAGUCCUCGAUUCCACUAGCUCCUGAAAUCUCUUUCAUUAAUUUCCACCUUAAAACUGGCUCUAAAGUAUUCAUUAACACUAGUGAUCAUAAUAUCAAAAACAAUAGCAACAUUAGGAAUCCUCCUCAGUCCUCAGAAUUGGAGCAAAAUAUGAAUGAGUUUCUUGACCAGUUAAAAGCUAACAGUUCCAAAAACAAAAGCUCAAAUCAGGAUCAAAGUCAAAACCAAGGCCAAAACUUAACAUUGCAAACUGCCCAGAACCAUCAGAAUACCAAUGAUAUCAGACUAGUUUUGACUCCAGCAUCAAGUACCGGUAUUAAUAGCCAGGAGUUUGAAACAAGAAGCUCUGUAAAACUUGAAAGUGAACCAAAAGAACAUAGAAAUACAAAGGUUUGUAUUUUUAGUCUUAGAUCCUUAUUAUUAUGUGAUAACUGGAUUACCAGAUCCAAACCAAGAAGGAACUUAGCUACUAUAUUAUACUUGAAAAAACUAAAAAAACUUGGAUUAUCAGUAGACUACUUUAAAAAGUCAAAAGCUGGAGAUUCUUCAAAGGAAUGUGGCUUAAUUAGUAACAUUAACAAAAGCCAAGUGGAGACCUGGGAAGAUCUUAAUUUAUCCAGUGAUGCCAUUCAAAGCUUGGAGGAAGCUCAGAAGUCUCUUUUGGCUCGCUCAAACAUUAGGUCGGACUAUGACAAGGAAUAUGACAAAGGUAAAGUUAAAAAGCCAUUAAGACGAGCUAUGUUAGCUUCUGCGAGUGCUACAAGUACUGGUAAGAAUACUAGUAAGUGCCAAGUUAAAAAGUCAAUAUAUAUAGAAAAAGGUAAUAUAAAGGAUUUGAAUUCCUUAAGUACUAGUGAGCUAUUUGAUAUUGCUUCUAAGAAUAAAGGUAACUUAAAGAACAGAAAUAAAAAGAAGACUGUUAGAAUUAGAUGA